AUGGGUUUAAAACGGCGAAAUAUUGAUGCUGAUGAGGAAGAGGUGAACGCGGCAAUUCGUCAGGAUCUAAAUGGGCCGGGAUGUUUACGAGGAUAUCGAUCUAUGUGGCAUUGCUUGCGUUUGAAUUAUGGCAUUCAAGCACCGAGAAGUAUGGUUCAACGCAUUCUUCGAGCACUAGACCCGGAUGGAUCUGACGAAAGACGAUCGCAUCGUCUUAGACGUCGUCGAUACAUCAACCCAGGUCCCAACUUCGCAUGGCAUGUUGAUGGUUACGACAAGCUGAAGCCUUACGGCUUCCCAGUGCAUGCCUGUAUUGAUGGGUUCAGUCGAAGGAUUUUAUGGCUAAAAGUUUGCAGAACGAAUAACGAUCCUUCCAUGACUGCAGGCUUCUAUUUGGAAUAUGUGCGUUCUGUUGAUGGUUGCCCAAUGGUACUUAGAACAGAUUGUGGUACCGAAAAUGGUAGUAUGGCUGCCAUGCAAUGUUACUUCCGUUCUGGAGCGCGUGAUCAAUUUGCCGGGAUAAAUGCGCACAUGUAUGGCUCUUCACAUUCCAAUCAAAGAAUAGAGAAUUGGUGGUCCUUUUUGCGUCGCAAUAGGUCAUCAUGGUGGAUCAACUUUUUUAAGGAUCAGGUAGAAAUCGGUAAUUUGAACACAUCAGAUGAAUUACAGAUGGAAUGUCUUUGGUUUUGUUUUUCGGAUAUACUUCAACGCGAUUUUGAUCAGGUCAAGUUCCACUGGAAUACUCACUAUGUGAGGAGAUCAAGAUUUGACACGGUAGCCGGCCGCCCCGACGAGCUAUACCACCUCCCUUACAAUUUUGGUGGUAGUGAAUUCUUACAGAAUGUUUCGACUGAACAAAUAAAUGACAUGCAUGAAUAUUGUGAGCAGCCAGAGAGCACCAACACGUAUCAAGAGUAUUUUGAAUAUGCAAGGUCACAGACCCGCUAUCCCAAACCCUCAAAUUGGAAUGAAGCAUUAGACCUUUACAGACAUUUAGUCACGGUGGCAAACUAUGGAGUUGACGUUUGAAAUUGAUGUAUGUGAUUAGUUUGCGCUGUUAAUAUCCAUGGCAUGAGUGCGAAACGAGAACGACCAUAUAUAAUUAUUGUAACUGUGGCAUGUAUGGUAUUAAAUGGAACUCGCUGUACAUUCAUUCAGUUGUACAUUCAUACAGAACUGUAAGUAACGUUUAGAAACAAUUUAUUCAAAAAGUAAAAAAUUCAAAAUACAUUUCUGCAUCAAUAUAUAAAGAUAGCAGCUAUGUGAAAU